AUGCCCGUUACUCAAGAACCACCUCAGAAACGUGGUCGUGGACGUCCUCCAAAGCAGCCCCGAGUAUUAUCAUCAGUCAAUGCGAAAUCGAUUACCAAGCCAUCAGCCAAAUCAGUUCCAGAAUCAAAAGUGGAAUCCAAACUCGAAUCGAAGAAGGAUGAUCCACCUGGUCUAGAUGAAUUCAUGUCUGCCACUAGUUCUUUACCUAUCACUAUCGGCAAAGGAAAAGAAAUCAUCAAAUUUGAUGCGGUCCAAAAAGAAAUGUCUACUGGAUCAUACGGAUGGAACGGAAUUAGAAAUGAUAAAAUCACUUUGGAUGAUGGAAGUCAAGUUGACGUUAGUAUCUCAAUCAAUAUCGUUGUCCAAAACUCCAAAGCCAAUCCCAAACAUAAACAUAAAAGCCAAUCCGAAUCCGAACCUGAAUCCGACAAGAAAGAUACGAAAAGGAAAAGGAAUUCCAGAACUUAG